AUGGCGCCCAUGCUUCAGGGUUACGGGUCCAUCGGCGCUGCGAGCCCAUCGUCCCUGGCGGCGGCCGAGUACUGUUCAGAGGCGCGGAACAGCUCUGCAGGCGGCCGCAGCAGCGCGCCGAUCCCCGGGCGGCCCAGCUCGCCUGUCGGGCUGCCAAGCAGCCCACUCACGCCUGGCGUCAUGCUGAGCGCGUCGCCUUUCAGCAGCAGCCAUGGCACCGCGAGCGGUGCCAGCGGCGGCGGCACGAGGGGCAACGGCAGCGCUGUGGGCGUGCCGAGCCCCUCCCCUGACACAUGCUUUUUCGGCAGCAGUUCUGGACUGGGCGGGCUGCCACCCUCACCAGGGCCGUCCGCCGCUGCUGCCGCCGCGGCUGCUGCAGCCGCAGCGGCGUAUGCCAACCUGCCAGGCCUUGGCGCAGGGGCAGGCGACAUCUCGGCACAGCUGCCUCAAUUUUACUACGCCGCCGCUGCCGCCGCAGCUGCCAGCGCCGGUGCUGGCGCUGGCGGGCACGGCAGCUUGCCGCCUUCCCUGAGCGGCGCGCUGUCGCAGCAUGCGGCCGCCGCGGCCGCCGCGGCCGCGGUCGCGCACCACCAGAGCAGUCUGACAAGCGCAUUCAGCGGUGCCGUGAGCGGCGUGCCCCCCUCUUACCUGCAGAGCUUUGGCUCCACCGCAGCGCUGGAGGCUUCGCUGCGCGACGCCGCAGCCGCCAAUUCGUUUGCGCGUCAGCUGGAGCACCGCGCUGCGCUUGAGCACCAGCUGUCUGCCGCGGGGGCGGGGCUGUUGGGCCACACCCUUUCAGGCUCACUGAGCGCAAUGGCGCAGGCGCAGCAGGCCGCCAGCCUGCUUCACGUGCAGCAGCACCACCACCACCAGCAGCAGCAGCACAUGCAGCAGCAAAUUGCCGCGCAGCAGCAGGCGGCUGCCGCCGCCGCGCUCAGCGCCGCGACGGCGAGCGCCGUCAGCGGCAUGCCGCUUGCGGCGCAGAUGGGGCGGCUGCGCGUGGCGCACAGCGCUGACCUCGGAGCCCUUGGUAGCCAGUUUGACCCCGUGCAGCUCAUGCAGCAGCAGCCGCGCCCCAG